CCCCUGGUGAGGCAGCAGGUGAUGAAGGGGGUGAGGGAGUUCCUGGAGAACCAGAAUCCGGCGAAACCCCUGGUGAUGUCAUUCCACGGCUCGACGGGAACAGGGAAAACCUACGUGAGCUCUAUGCUCAUCCACUACCUCUUCCGGGGUGGACUCCAGAGCCCCUACGUUCACCACUUCUCCCCCAUAGUGCACUUCCCCCACGCCGAGGACAUCGAGCAGUACAAGGAAAGCCUGAAACGCUGGAUCCAAGGGAACUUGACAAACUGUGGGCGCUCAGCCUUUCUCUUUGAUGAGAUGGACAAGAUGCACCCAGGCCUGAUUGAUGUGAUCUUACCAUUCCUGGGCCCCUCGUGGGUUGUGUAUGGCACCAACUACCGCAAAGCCAUCUUCAUCUUCAUCAGCAACGCAGGAGGGGAGCAGAUCAACAAGGUGACACUGGCUCUAUGGCAUGCCCGCAAGGACCGGGAGGAGAUCAGCCUGGAGGACCUGGAACCAGCCGUCUCCAAGGCUGUGUUUGAAAACCCUCAGAGUGGAUUCUGGAAAUCUGGGAUCAUUAAUGAACAGCUCAUUGAUUUUGUUGUGCCUUUCCUCCCACUGAAGCAGUACCACGUAAAGCAGUGCGUCCUCAGUGAACUUGUCCAGCAAGGCCUGGAAGCACGUCCAGAUGUCAUCCAGGAGGUGUCUGACAGCAUCCCCUACUUCCCAGAAGAAGAGAAAUUAUUCUCAUCAACAGGCUGCAAAACAGUGGCCUCUCGGAUCAGUUUUUACUUCUAGUCACUGUUGAGGGCCUCACUCAGAUCCAUAAGAUGCAUGUGGAGCUGGAAAGCAUUCAGGGCUGGCAGGAUGAGCAGUAGUGGGAGCAGU